AUUCACCAAAGUCUUAAAGCCAACAGCACCUUAGUUUUCACUCCAUCUUUAUAAGUUAAAAGAGAAGUCUCCGCAGCUAUCUUUCUCCUUUCACUUUUACACCACAAAGAAAGCAAGAGAAAAAGAUAAGGACAAUUAGCAGCAUGAACCAUCAGGUUGCAGAAGAUGAGAUGGUACUCAUUUCCCAGUACUAUCCUGGUAUUUACAGCCAACUUGUACCACAACAAGGAGAGUCAAAGCCGAGGCGGAGACGUAAGAAGAGCAAAUCAGGAGAAGGGAGUAGUGCUGUGAUGAUGAGGAAGAGGAAGCUGAGCGACGAACAAGUUAGUCUACUUGAACAAAGCUUUGGGAACGAGCACAAACUAGAGUCAGAGAGGAAGGACAAGCUAGCCUCUGAGCUGGGGCUUGACCCUCGGCAAGUUGCGGUGUGGUUCCAAAACAGGAGGGCUCGUUGGAAGAGCAAGAAGCUUGAGGAGGAAUACUCCAAGUUGAAGUCUGAGCAUGACAUUAAUGUCGUUGAGAAGUGCCGUCUUGAAACUGAGGUGUUGACGUUGAAGGAACAGUUGACUGAAGCUGAAAAGGAGAUACAAAGGUUGUUAAUGGAGAGGUGUGAUGGGGUUUCAAGCAACACAAGUCCAAGUACCUCAUCUUUCUCAAUGGAAGCUGCAAUGGAACCACCAUUUCUAGGGGAGUUUGGAAUGGAGGGAUUGGAUGAUGUGUUCUAUGCACCAGAGAACAAUUAUGUUCAGGGAUUAGAUUGGGUUAACCUAUAUAUUUAAUUUGAUAUGAUCAUCAUGUGAUUAAUUUCUAUUUUUAGGAUUCCCACAAUUCUAUUUGUAGAUACAGUGACCCCACUAAAACUAAUGCAUGUACAUAUAUCCUUAUUCCCUGCUUUUCCUAGACUAGUAUGGUAAUUAGUAUUACUAGUAUUUGAUGCUAGCUAGCAACUAGCAAGCUGGAAAUAACUUCGGAUUUUUCUAUAAGUGUUUGUCUAUUACU